UCUGUCACCUCCCCGGGGGGACUUGUGAGUAAAGGGAGGGGGCUAUCAUGAGUGAGACCGCUUAACUUGGAGGGCAAGGGGACAAAAGUCUGGGCACGGCAGGCACAGAGUUGGAAACCCACUGGAAAUCAUGCAAUUGAGUAAUCACCUAAAGGAUCCAGCGGUCAUUUUUUUCCCUUAGAUCCUGAAGAACUGGGGGACCUGAAUCUGAGCGUGAAAAGCUGUGGCCAAAUCUUCCAAAAGGCAAGAGGGGUAGCUGCUAAUGCAAUAUGAUCCUCAGGGACUUGCUCUAAAAAUACCAUCCAGCCAGGAGUACAGGCGCAAGCUACAUUCGCCUAAUUGGAGAAAGAUUAAACAUUUUGUUUUCAGCUUCUCUAAUUGGACAUCUCAAGGAUGUGAGAAACAUAUUCCAAAACAUUUACGAUGCAGAAAACCUGUGAGAAAUUUCUACACACUUGUCUUUUGACAUUUCUACUUGCCUGAAGGCCUUUCAGAAGGUCUUCUGUUAAUGCACGUAGAGUUUUCCACUUUUCUAAGAAGUCAUAUUAUAAGUAAGUAUUGUAUUUAACUGGUGUUGAUAACCUGGAGUGUAGUCAUGCAUUUGAUGAUGUCUGCUUGAAUGUUUGGAAUAUGUUUACCAUAUCAAAACUCCAAAUUAAGAAAAGCUAUUUUAUUUUUGGACAAUUUAUUGUGCAUUAGAGAUACUUGAUGUAAUUUGAAACUUAAAUCAGUUUAGUAACGUGUAGCACUCUGUAAAGAAGCUCCCCACUGGAUCAUGAGGAAAGCUGAGGUUCAGAUGACCCUGAAGAAAGGUGCUGAUGAAGAAGCAGGAGGAAUGGCUCCGCCAAGUCCCAGGAUACCAUCAAAACGAGCAAAAGUUAGUUCAGAUCAGGUCGUACCAGACCCUUCUGCUUCUGUCUACCCAACCCCAACUCCUCCAGUGUUCAUCCGGAAGAUGAGGAACGCUGCGGUAGGUACCGGCUGUGAUAUCCGCCUGAAAGUGGCUGUGGCUGGAGACCCACAACCUACCCUCUUCUGGUACCACAAUGAUGACCUGCUCAGCAUGGAUAACCAGGAAUACGGAGGCCUGUGGAUCAGGGACUGCAAACCCAGUGAUGCUGGCCUCUAUACCUGCAUUGCCACCAACCAUCUCGGAGAGGCCAGAAGCAGUGCUGUCCUUGCCGUUUUGGAUUUGGGUGAAGACUCUGAGACUACAGAAGACGAAGCCGCUGAGCCACAAAUACCCCUGGAAGCUAAAGAAGGAGCCAGAGGUUUUCAGGAUGAGGCAGGUGAGAGAAUGAUGGAUGUCGCCCCAGAUGCGAGCGAUCGCUGGGCCGCCGGAGAGACCACAGUGUUGGAGAAAGAAGCUCUAGCCCUGGGAUCAAGAGCUCCAGGGCCGCAGUCAGCCAGGAGCCCAUCUGAAGAAGUUUUGAGGGAAUCUCCCCCUCAAGUCCUACCACCCCCUUCCCCCAAAAUUGGCCGCUCUACUGCCUCUCCUUUGCUCAGCCGUUCUGGUUCAGCCCCUGCCACACCCCUAGCCCCACGCAAGAAAGUUGUCGUGCCAACUGAAUAUCAAGACACAGUACCAGGAGAGUUUGAGGAGAAGAUAAAGCAACCCAAAUCAUCAGGCAUGUCUCAGAGUAGUGCUCAAGACUCUCGACCCCAAACCCCCGUCAGCGAGUAUUCCCGUAAGGAACUUACACCUCGGCCCUCACCAAAACUGACAAGAGCUAGCUCCAAGAUCUUUGAGAAAGUGCGUGUCUUUGAAGAGCGCAGAAAAAGUAUCGAUAACCCAGAGGGAUCUAUAUCAGGACGUUCUUGGGCUGGAUUUAACAGAGCAUCGUCUAUUGACUCUGAUGAAGGAGGGAGCCGGUUGGGGAUCUCAAGGGAGAGCUCCAAAGAAGACCUUCGUGAGGCUCUGAAGGCAGAUGCAGCCCAGAGAAGGACUAUAUUCAACCGGGCUGCUUCCCUGGAGGACAGACCCCGUUACUCCCAAAAGGUGCAGGACAUUGAGAACAAGUUCACAGAGGAGCUCCAGCGCAUCAAAAAGCUUGUUGGUAAACCACACAUGAAGAAAUCCUUCUCAACAGAGCAGCUCUCUACUUUUCACAGGAGCAGGCAGCCUAUAAGGAAGUUAGAGCCCAUCCCACCUCAGGUUCUUCAAAAGCUGCAGGAUCGAGAGCGUGCUCAGCGAGAGCAAGAGAUGGGAGAGAGAGAGCAAGCCAAGGAACGAUCACCUCCAAAAUCACCGUCUCGCAGACGAAAAGACCAGCUGGCACAAAAAGUUGAAAGCGAUCGGUCUGUCCCAACCACCAAGGUGGUAAGCACAUUUGGACAAGAACCAUCACCUCCAGAGGCCAUGUCACUCUCUGAUUUACCUGGACAAAGGUCUCCAAGACGUCGGGGUCCAAGCCCAAGCAGAGAUAGUACCCGAAGGUCUCCAACUGUAGAGAUCACAUCCAUGGCUGAAGAGCGCUCUCGAGGCAGAGCUGAAUCUCCAUCCCGAAAUGUCUUAGAGAUGACAUUACGCAAAGUGGAACCAAGACCUGCAAGUCCACUAGUAAAGAGGGUUGUUCGUGUUCAGGAGGUACCACAAGCAAAUGAUGAGUCCAUGCAUAGGAAGACGCCAAUAGAGGUCAUGCUGAGAAAACUGGAAAGAAGGCCUGAAAGUCCUCUGGUGCAAGGAGAAACUGUAGCUAUUCAAGAAUGUCCUGUCCAAGCUCCCACCAAACCUCCAAGAGUUUCCUCAUCUUCUUCAUCUGAGGAAAAGAUGGAACUGGAUGUGACUCCUCUGCCACUGGCGCCAAAGCUCACUAUACCAAAAAUUAUUGUAGAAGAGGAGGCAAUGGAGACAGACACACCUGCAGAGAAGACUGAUAAGACUGUGAAAGGUGGCACUGCUAAAGAAGAAAAACCCCAAAGAAGCAGAGGAAGGGGACGCAGACAAAGACCAAUGUCCCCUGAAUUAGAAUCUUCAGACGACUCGUACGUGUCUGCAGGAGAGGAUCCUCUAGAGGCUCCUGUGUUUGAGUUUCCGCUUCAGGACACUGUGGCCUCUACUGGAACAGAGGUUCUUUUAAAAUGCAUCAUCAGUGGCACCCCUCUCCCAGAAGUUACAUGGAAGAGAGACAACAUUGAGAUCAAGAAUAGCCCAACUCAUGUUGUGAAGGUAGAGGGGGAAAGGCACACAUUGCUCAUCAAAUGGACGAAGCCAAGUGACGCAGGAACAUACACAGUUACUGCUACCAACGAGGUUGGCGAGAUGUCCAGCAGCGCUACUCUUUUCAUCAAAUCAGAGCCCAGUCAGGACCAGCGUGGGAACCUUGGUCUACCCAUGGACGUCAGCAGUCCCAUCACAUCUGAUGAGGAGUACCUCAGUCCUCUUGAGGAGGGGAUGGAUUUCUCCUCCUACAGGGGAACUGAGCCGAGGAAGAUCGUGGAUACUCGAUUUAAGGAGCCUCCAUCCUUUCAGGUUGUUAUUGGAGACCAAACAGUUAUAGAGGGUCAAGAGGUGACCAUGUCUGUUCAAGUGAGUGGACAGCCUAAACCCAUGCUUUAUUGGCUGAGAGACAGAGUGACCAUUAAAACAGGUGCACGGCAUAUCGUCCAUGAGACAGAGGAGGGCAACUUUGAGAUGAUAAUCAAAUCGGCACAGAAGUCAGACUCUGGUGUUUACACCUGCAAGAUCAUCAACGAGUAUGGGACUAAACAGUGUGAGGGCAAACUGGAGGUGAAAGCUCGUCCAAUAGAACCAGGCCUGGCCAUCAUUCGGCCAGUGAGGGACGUGAUGGUGAAGGCAGGGGAGACUGCCCUGUUCGAGUGUCAUGUGAUCGGCCCGCAGGACACAGAUGUUGAUUGGCUGUCAGAUGGGAAACUCAUCCAACCAGCUCUGUUGGACUGUAAGAUGCACUUUGAUGGGAAAAGGUGCAGGCUGCUGCUUAACUCUGUACAUGAGGAUGACAGUGGAAUGUACACGUGCAAACUGAGCACAGCUAAAGAGGAGCUGACCUCUAGUGCCAAGCUAAAGGUCGUAGCAUCCAUAGAGCCCCUCUUCACCCGUAAGCUGGAUGUACUAGAAGUUAUUGAGGGUCGUAAUGCUCGAUUUGACUGCAAGGUCAGUGGGACGCCACCUCCUCGGGUCAUCUGGAGCCACUUUGAUCAUCCGCUGGAGGAAAGUGACGACAUUCGGAUCUUGAAAGAAGGAGGACGGCACUCAUUAGUCAUCUCUCAUGUUAGUAAUGAAGAUGAGGGUCUCUACACAGUAGUAGCGCGGAACGCACACGGGGAGGCCGAGUGCGCAGCGGAGCUGUAUGUGCAGGAGCCCAGACCAGCAAUUUCCUCUCAAAUAGCAAAGCUGGAAAAAAUGCCCUCCAUUCCCGAGGAACCUGAGGUGCCUGAGAAUGAGGUGGAACGUUUCACCAUGCCUGACUUUGUCAAGCCGCUCUACGAUCUGGAUGUAGUUGAGGGCAGAGAGGCUGUGCUCCGGUGCAAAGUGGCUGGCCUGCCGUAUCCAGCCAUAAUCUGGUUUCACAAUGGCAAGAGGAUUGACAGCACAGAGGACAGAAAAAUGACACAGUUCAGAGAUGUUCACAGCCUGGUGAUCCGCUCUGUUUGUCAUGCCCACGGAGGAGUUUACAAGUGUGUCAUAUCCAAUAAAGUGGGCAAGGCCACCUGCUAUGCCCAUCUUUAUGUGACAGACAUCCUUCCUGACCCGCCAGAUGGGGCCCCAGUCAUUGAGUCCAUCACUGGCAAGACUAUCACGCUAAGCUGGAAGAAACCCAGAAGACUGGAUCCGUCCAUUGAUCCUAGCUCCCUGAUGUAUGCUGUUCAGCAGCAAGCUCUAGGGUCGAUCCAGUGGACCAUCAUCGCCUCUUGCCUGAAACAGACCAUCUAUACCAUUACCAAUCUGUCUAAAGGUGUCCGCUACUCCUUCAGGGUGCUAUCAAUCACCAGCAAGGCCUUUAGCAAGCCAUCGCCUGCCACCGAGCCAGUGCAGCUGCUAGAUAGAGGUCCAUACCUCCAGGAGGCUCCUGUAAUCAUUGACAAGCCAGACAUUGUGUAUAUGGUGGAGAAGCAGCCCUUAAGCAUCACAGUCACUCUCAACCACGUCAAUGCAUCGGUCACAUGGAAGAGAGGGGCAGUGACAUUGUCUAACAGACCGGGUCUGUUUGAGUUGAGCAUGCCUGAUGAUGACCAGCAUACGCUGAAGCUGUGCAAGGUAAAGAGCAAUGAUGUUGGUCAGCUCACGUGCAUCGCCAGCAACAAGUAUGGCAGCGACACCUGCACCCUAAUCCUGGAAAUGGCAGUGGCACCAACUUUUGAGACCAUCAUGGAAGACCUGGAUGUGAAUGUAGGCGAGACUCCUCGUUUCGCGGUGGUGGUUGAAGGAAAGCCCGUCCCAGACAUCCUCUGGUAUAAGGGAGACACCCUGCUGUCCGAAAGCAGCCAUUUCACAUUUGUGUACGAUGACAAUGAAUGUUCUCUGGUGGUAGUGAACACUCAAGCCGAUGACUCAGGGGUUUACACCUGUACUGCUAAGAAUCUAGCCGGUUCUGUGUCCUGCAAGGCUGAGCUGACUGUCCACAUCGCUAAAGAGUACAAAGACGACCCCAUGGAGGAUGAGGCGUCCAUCUUAAGAAAAAUGCGUAGGCUCACUGAUUACUAUGACGUGCACAAGGAAAUUGGGAGAGGGGCGUUCUCAUAUGUGAAACGAGUGAUACAGAAAGCGGGAAAGAUCGAAUAUGCAGCCAAGUUCAUUUCCGCUCGGGCUAAACGGAAGGCCUCCGCUCUGAGAGAGCUGAACAUCCUGUCUCAUCUAGACCAUGAGAGGAUCCUCUACUUUCAUGACGCCUUCGAGAAGAAGAAUGCUGUUAUCAUCAUUAGCGAGCUAUGCCAUGAGGAGCUUCUCGAAAGGCUUACAAAGAAAUCAACAGUAAUGGAGUCAGAGAUCCGUUCUAGCGUGAGGCAGCUGUUGGAGGGUAUUAGCUAUCUUCAUCAGCAUGACAUACUUCAUCUAGACAUAAAGCCUGAUAAUAUCCUCAUGGCAGACCCUAGUAGUGAUCAGAUCCGCAUAUGUGAUUUUGGAAAUGCUGUUAAGUUCACGCCUGAUGAGGCACAGUACUGCAAAUAUGGCACUCCAGAAUUUGUCGCCCCAGAGAUUGUUAACCAGACACCCGUCUCCAAGGCAACGGACAUCUGGCCUGUUGGAGUUCUAACAUACUUAUGUCUCACUGGAGUUUCUCCUUUUGCUGGAGAAAACGACCGCAGUUCUGUUCUCAACAUCAGGAACUAUAAUGUAGCUUUUGAAGAAAGCAUGUUUACCGACCUCUGCCAUGAAGCUAAGGGAUUCGUCAUUAAACUGCUGGUGGCUGAUAGAUUGAGACCUGAUGCUAACGAAUGUCUUCGGCACCCCUGGUUCAAGACCUUGAAUAAGGGUAAAAGCAUCAGCACAGAGUCCCUCAAAAAGUUUAUGUCCAGAAGAAAAUGGCAGCGAUCUCUUAUCAGCUAUAAAUCUAAGAUGGCGAUGAGAUCUAUACCCGAGUUACUGGAUGACUCCUCCAGCCACAUUUCCAUUGCUGUUCCACGACAUCUGAAACAAGGCUCACCACCACCAUCGUCAUCUUCAGAUUCGGAUGAAGACAUUGAUGAGCUGCCUUUUAUCCCAAUGCCCAUAAACAUGGAAUUCUCAGGUUCUAGAAUGUCACUGACUGAAAUUGUAGGGGAUGAUGAAAUGCCAGGUAGACCGAAUGGAAAUGCUGAGAGGCCUGCUUUAAGCCAUCAGACGUCAGAGCCCAUGGAUGUGGAGAUGUCAGAGAAAGAGGGUGGAGAUGCAGCUGCUAGGGGUAAAGCCAGGAAGAGGUCAACACAAGAUGAUGAAAAAGGCUCAUCUGAUGUAGAACCAGCAGAACUGGCCAAAAGAGCAGAACAUGCAAAGAGACCAAUGCGCAGAGGUUCAAGCAUGGAGUCAGAUGAGCCAGAGGGAGCACGUCGCAGAGGAGAGUUGCGCAGAGGGAGCUCGGCUGACAGUGCCCUACAGCUCCACAUCAAACCUGAGGAGGGCACAGAAGAAAGUUCUACUGAUGGAAGUAGAAUUCUACAAAAGUCAGUAUCUAUGGAGCUUCCAAGGAGAAGCCCAAGUCCAGGAGCUGCAAAGCUGAGCCAGGAAGACUAUGCCCUAAAAUUGGAACUUAUGAGGCAGAGACUUCUCAGGGGUGGCUCUGUAGACAACAAGAUGAGUGGAUUACGAGGCCCAUUGCUGGAGACAUUAGGCAUGGGCGAUGAGAAGCGCUAUGUGCGGGGGUCUCGCCUUGGUAACCCUCCGCUUGUUAGAGCGGCAUCCAGCGAGUCUCCUAGAGAUGAUAUCCCAAAGACCAAGAUACUCCGCAAGAGUGCUUCCUUCAGCCAGGGUGAUUCAGAGCCCAUGCCCCUGCACCGACGGAUGGGAGCACCUCUAGAGAUCCCACUGGCACAAAUAGAAGAGAGACGACUGCAGGAAGCUGUAUCUAUGUCUGCUCUCACAGAGCCAGUCAAGGAUUCUCGCCCUAUCACCCCAAAAAUUCAUACGCCAGAACCAGAGAGACAUGAGAAAGAGAAAAUUGAGGAAAAAGAAUCAGCUGUCUACAAGGACAAUAAAUCAGAAGAAGUCAUUGUUGUGCCAAAAACUAAUGCAGAUGAAUCCAAAACCCCCAAACAAAAAUAAACAAAUAAAGAAGCACAAGAGAAGGUCCAGAGCAAGUUAGAGGAGCCCAGUGAAAAAUCUCAAAAAGUGGAUGAAAUUAAGUUGAAGACCCCCAUAGUAGAGGAAACAAUUGAAGAAGAGGAAGAAAGAGAGGAUAAAGAACCAGAGGAAGAAGUGGAGCCUCCUGCUCCAGAGAUUGAGGUUAAAGAAGUUGAGGAUGAGGUUAAAGAAGUCGAGAAUGAGGUUAAAGAAGUUGAGGAUGAUGUAAAAGUAUCACCAAAGUCUCCAGAGGUCACCAUUACCACCAGCUCAAUCAUGGUGUCCCCAACAGCUGCCCCAGCUCCCAGCCCCCAGGGUGUCGUCUCAACCUGUGUGACUCCAUCACUCCCUGCACGUACAGUGCUCCCAGAUGGUAGAGUGUCUGCAUAUGCUAGUAUCAUGCAGACCAUCAUGGUACCAUCAGUCCAGGCAUCUAGCCAACCUGAACCUGUUCCUGUGCCUACACCUACAACCAGCCCAGCAUCAGUCCCAGUCUAUGCACCAAUUUCCAGACACGUCUCUGAACCAACCCUUUUGUCAACUUCUUCCAAACCAGACCUUCACCAAACCACUGAACAUCCUGCAGUCUUUUCUCGGGUUGCCUCAACAGAAAAUCCUCCUAAAGAGCCAAGUCCUCCUAAGACUCCCACUCGUGCCUCCUCUGAGCGAGAGCCGUCUCCUGGAAGCAACAUUCAGGACCUUGCAUCUGAGGAGGUCUUUGAAGCUCGCUUCAAGAAGCGUGAGUCCUCUCUAACUCGUAGUCUUAAACGCUUCUCAUUCCAGAAGACUGAAGAAAAGCCUUCCACCGUUGCUCCAGAAACUGCAGAAGAAAUGUAUCGCCCAAGGCCAAUUGGUGCACCCUUAGAAUUUGUUCCAAGGCGGUUGGAGGAGAAGUCCAAGUCAGUUCAGGAUCUACGUGAGGCAGAGAAGGACCCUGGGUUUAUGAGGAGACUCUCAAUGCGCUUGAAAAGAACCCCAUCAGUAGAGAGGCAGGAAGAGAAGCUCAAAGAAGAGGAACCUUCAGUACCCAGGCGUCGUCUGUCCUGGGCACUGGGACGGAGGGGAUCCCAAGAAAAGAAAGAGAUUGAGAUGGUGAGGUUGGAUGGAGGUCCUGAGCCUCCCCCAGAGCCUGAGUCCAAAGCACCCUCAGAGUCACCUAUCCUUGCCAUGCGCAAGAAGAUCGGCAGUACCAUGGCAAGCCUAUCCACAAGGAUUAGGAGCCACUCUGAGGACAGGAAAGAUGAUAAUGAAAGCAAGAUGGAGAAGAGGACACCUAUAUUCACAAAACUGAGUCGUUCCACCUCAGAAGGUGGCAGUCUGAAGAGGAUGGGUGUCCCACAGAACCAAAUUGCUGCCCAAUCAGGGAAAGGGACCUCAUCAGAAUCACUCGAUUCCAUGUCAAGCAUCCAAUCAGAAUCAGCUGUUAAAAGUACAGAAAUUGAGCGCAGAUCACGAUGGGACCGCUGGGGAUUGACGAGAGGAAAAAGAGACAAGACGGUUUCCCAACCAGACAUCCCAGCAUCCAUUGCCAGGGAGAAUGGCUCUCUCCGUUCUCGCCAGUACACACGUCUAACAUCUGACUUCCCUCCUGUGUUCCAUAUCAAACUAAGGGACCACGUUCUCUUGGAGGGAGAUCCUGUAACUCUCAGCUGCCUCCCCGCUGGCAGUCCUCACCCACGCAUCUCAUGGAUGAAAGAUAAGAAGCCACUUGAGAUAGACCCAAGGAUGAACAUGAUAUCCUGCCCUGACGGCAGACAGCUGCUGAUGAUUAUGAAGACCACUAAGAAGGAUGCAGGACUUUAUGAAUGUGUGGCUUCGAACUCACUGGCUUCUGUGACCAGCUCAUGCGUUGUGUCCCUUGCUCGUCUGCCUAAUAGUCCUGGGACUCCUGAGGUGCCUCAGAAGUAUAAAAACACCGCUCUGGUGGUAUGGAGACCCUCAGACACCACGGCACCAUGCACCUACUCUCUGGAGAGGAAGACAGAGGGUGAGACUAACUGGCUGAUAGUAGCCACAGGUGUGGCUGACUGUUACUAUAAUGUCACGGACCUUCCAACUGGUGCCGCAUACCGCUUCAGAGUGGCCUGUGUGAACAAGGCUGGUCAGGGACCUUACAGCAAUCUGUCUCAAAAAAUCAUCCUGGACUCAACAGCACCCCAAAAGUCCAGUGGAACAGUCAUUGUCAAAACGCUUUCAUCAGCUCCGGCUCCUGCGCCUUCAGUGGUAACAUCUACCAUGACUCUACCUGCAAUGAAGCCUGCUGCCGUUAAACAGGCUGCAGGACCACCGGUGACUUCAGCGCCCUCUAAAGUCCAGCCGGUACAGCCUGUGUCUCCUCCUGCUGCACCUGCAUCAGCUACGACACCUUCCCCUGCUGCCUUCCCCCCGAGUCAUCGUACUGUGCCUGAUAUCCGAACUCCAUCCCCUAGUGCUCCUACCCCAGCUAAAGCUAAGACUACUCUCAACAUCACUAUGGCCAAACCCUCCCCAGCAUCCCCUGCAGCUCAACCUCCUCCUGCCAAACCCUCACCAGCAUCCCCUGCAGCUCAGCCUCCUCCUGCCAAACCCUCCCCAGCAUCCCCUGCAGCUCAACCUCCUCCUGCCAAACCCUCACCACCCGUUGUUCUGCCCAAACCUCAGUCCCCUGUGAAUGCGGUCUCCCCUCCAUCUCAAACUCCUCCGGUGUCCCCGCCCCCUCUGGUCUCCCCUCCACCUGCUAUCGGCAAGCCUAUCUCUUCAGUGCCCAUGUAUGUCCCGACCACCACCACAGCACAUGUGACCCCAGUCACCCCAAAAACGCCUUCUCCUGCCCUGUCACCACCGGUGGUGUUAGUUACAAGUCUGAGUCCUGUAGGGGAGGGUACUGGCACACCCAAUCGUAUGACUCCAAGUGGAAGAGCCACUCCUUCUGGACGCAUCACUCCUACAGGGCGCAGGACCCCUACAGGAAAACCUGGAGACUCAACCCUAAGGCAGGGAGUCCCACAGAAACCGUACACAUUCAUGGAUGAGAAAGCAAGAGGUCGUUUUGGUGUGAUCAGAGAGUGUCGGGAAAAUGCCACCGGUAACCUGUACAUGGCCAAGAUUGUGCCGUAUGAGCCUGAGAGCAAACAGGCCGUGCUACAGGAGUACGACAUACUGAAGUCCCUCCACCACGAGAAGAUCAUGGCUCUGCAUGAGGCCUACGUCACCCCACGCUACCUAGUGCUCAUCUCUGAGUGCUGCUCAGGGAAAGAGAUGCUCUAUAGUCUGAUUGACAGGUUCCGAUACUCAGAGGAUGACGUGGUGGCGUAUAUCGUACAGAUACUUCAGGGUCUGGACUACCUGCACAGUCGGAGAAUCCUGCAUCUGGAUAUCAAAGCAGACAAUAUCAUCGUCACUUACAUGAAUGUUGUUAAGAUUAUUGAUUUUGGUAGUGCACAGACCUUCAAUCCACUGUUCCUGAAGCAGUUCUCUCCACCCAUUGGAACACUGGAUUAUAUGUCUCCUGAGAUGUUGAAAGGAGAUGUGGUGGGUCCACCGGCUGAUAUCUGGAGCAUUGGCGUAUUGACUUAUAUCAUGCUCAGCGGGAGACUGCCGUUUACAGAGAAUGACCCUGCUGAGACAGAGGCCAGAAUUCAGGCAGCCAAGUUUGACCUCAGUAAGCUCUACCAAAAUGUGUCCCAAAGUGCCUCUCUGUUCCUCAAGAAGAUCCUGUGCAGCUACCCUUGGGCCCGUCCUACAAUUAAGGACUGCUUUAACAACUCCUGGCUGCAGGAUGCUUAUCUAAUGAGACUGCGCAGACAGACUCUCACGUUUACCACCACACGCCUCAAGGAGUUCCUGGAGGAGCAGCAGCAGGUCAGGGCCGAGGUGGCAACAAAGCACAAAGUCCUUCUACGUUCCUACCAGAGCACCCCCUCAACACCCGGCACCCCUGCAGCACCCAUCUCUCAAUGAGCUCCAGCACAGGACGUCCUCCAGAGAGAUGAGAGAUGGCUCUGGGGUUCUCCAGGAUAAGGACAGAGAGAGACACAGCCUCAGGACAUCCAAGCCCCUCUAAGCUACCCUCGGUGGGCCCUUAAGGGGCCGGUUAAUGUGUGGUGUGUGUUAGCAGAUCAAGCACAGGAUGUUUUGGCCUCGAAACCUGGGGUCAGUUCUGAGAUGAGAAACACACACACACACACCAAACCUCUCAUCCAAAAGCAUAAUGGAUUUGAGUGCAUUUACCUCCGUUAGCCAGCAUGCACAGUGCAGUCGUGUUUUUGUCCAGGAAGAUGUCCUUACUUUAAUCUCUCCUGUCCAACACUUUUUUUCUUAUGACUUUUUGACAAACCUAUUUUAGCAUUGGAUCUCUAGCGAACGGUCAGGAACUUUGGACUCGUCGUGGUUGAGAAGAGUGACUGUAUUUCAUAUACAAACAUCAAGAAGACAGCGAUCUAGUCCAUCACUUGACGCAAAAAAUGUCAUGUCAAUGUGUAUUUUUUGUGGCGUCUUCCAAUUGUGAACCAGGGCCUUGAGAUUUGUGGAAAAUGGUGUAUAUCUUUUUUUGAACUAGUUUUUAUGGCAUAAGUAAUACUUUUAUUACUGCUAGUUGCUAGUUGUUAUACUGUAGUGAUUAUCAAUAUAUAUGAAAAAUAUAUAUACAAAUUCCUCUUCAUAGCGCAUGGUUUUAGGAGAAAACUCACUCCCUGUGAACACAAGAGAAUGGUACAACGGCCAAAGUUGUCCUUAUGUAGAGAUCAGCUGGGUCAAGAUGUGCCUAGAAAAUACCUAGUGAUCAAUGGAUGGAAUGGAAAUGUCUCAGAAAGUGCCAUUUUUUUCUGAAGGGACAUGUUAGCUGCUGCAUUGAAAGUUUAUGAGAAUCUUUAAUAUAUCAUUUGAAAGUUUUUGCUGUAAGAUUCAUUUAUUUCCCUUUAUAUGAGAGUAACUUUAUGGUCAAAUGAUUAGUAUUAUCUAAACCGAAUCUCAUUUAGGUCUAAAUUAUAAAAUAUAUAUAAACUAUAUCAAGAGUUAUUUAUAAAAUAUAUUAAAUGUGUCAUCCACAAAAAAUCUGAGAUUAUUAAUGACUGAAUUAUCUAAAUUCUUCAACUUAUCUCCAUGCACAAAUGUAGAUUAAUGUCUAAAAAUGUUAUGAAUACAAAAAGUGGAUUUAAUUUUAUUUGAAGACUCAACGGGUGUUGAUCUUGAUUUGAUUUUAUUAGAGACACCGUUGUAUUGCUUACAUAGUUUGUAUUAUUUGGAUUUAUUUUUGAACAGUUUGCAUCCUGUUUGGCGAACAUAGAGUCACAGUGUCGAUGCUCGUUUUAUUCUUUUUAUUUGUUUAGUUGUUCAUUUAUCUAAUAGACAAAAGAGUGAUUCACAUCCACGAAAAAAAUAUAUAAAUCACAUUCACUAUAGAGCAAAAAAAAAUUAUAAGCAGCUAAGCAAAGUGAGAGUAGUGAAAAAAGUAUCAGAAUUUGCUCUUUGUGAGUUCUAAAUCAUUUUUACGGUUCCUUCAUAUUGUGAUGACAAACAACAGGAACUGACAUGGAAAUGCACUGGUCAAAAGGUGUGGGAACACCGCAUUAAUGUCCUCAUUGUUUUAACACAGUCCUAUUGUGUCCUCAUCAGACCACAGACAGCAGGUGAUCACCUUUGACCUUCUAUCACAAACAUAAAUAUCGGCUUGGUUAAAAAUAACUGUUUGCACAGUGUUUAUUGCAUUGCUUACUAUGGGGUUCACUGCAAACUCUCUUCUGUUUUCCAUCACUUUGCAUAAAUGCUAACAUUGGGUUUGUUCUUCUAUCUUAUUUGUUUAUUUUUGGGUUAUUCAAAUUGAUCAAGCUUCUAGUUUCAAAUAUGUUAUGGUGCAAGAACUAAAACCGAGAAGAAAUUGAAUCACAAUAAAGAGGAAUGAAUUUGGACUCAAUAUGUUGUUGUGAAUAAGGUUUUAUAUUCUUUCAUUUUGUGUGUGUGUGUGUGUGUGUGUUCACUACUCUUUCAGUCAUGCCGAGCAACCCUUUAAUGUGAAACUAAUUCGAGCUUUUCUGGAAUGAAUUAUGUUGCACUAAAACAGUGACAAUGUGGAGAUAACAUGAAUGUUUUACAGUAGAAUGAAGUGUGUAUAUGUUGAAAACAUGACUUUUCAUGAAUAAAAUCAGCUGUCAGCAAUACUAAA